AUGAAAGAUUAUUUUGCAGUCUUGAUUAGAGUCAAGAUUGGUAAUGGUGACUUCUUGAAAGUAGUUGGAAAAGGCACCAUUGCCAUUCACACAAAAAAAGGCAAGAGAUACAUCAAUGAUGUACUCUUGGUACCCAACAUCGAUCAGAACCUACUAAGUGCAGGAAAAAUGAUUGAAAAAGGGUACUCUUUGCAUUUUGAAGAAGAUUCUUGCACAAUCUAUGACAAGCAAGAUAAAUCAUUUCAAAUUGCAAAGAUAGAAAUGAAAGAAAACAGAUGCUUUCCUUUACAAUGGAGAUACGAAAGCAAUGUCGCAAUGCAAGCGCAAGCAGAUGAAUCGUGGCUAUGGCACAGAAGGUUCGGGCAUUUCAAUUUCCACGGGCUAAAGAUCCUCCAGCAGAAGAAUAUGAUGGUUCACGGCAGUUUUAAGGGUGAGAAGGGGCUUCGUCAAGGGGAUCCAAUAUCUCCUCUUUUAUUUGUUUUAAUCAUGGAAUAUCUCACUCGAAGUCUCCAACUAGCAGCUCAAGGAUCUCUGUCAGCUGUUAAAGUGCUAAAGAGUGUGAUUGGGGAGUUCAGUUCUUCUACAGGGCUUCAAAUCAAUGAGAGUAAAUCUCAGAUAUACUUUGGGGGAGUUUCUGCUAUUGAUAGACAAAAGAUUGCUGAUGAGAUAAAACUUUCAAAAAGGUCCUUCCCUCAUAAGUACCUUGGUGUCCCUAUGAGACCAACCAAAAGGAAGCAUGAAGACUGUCAUAUCAUCAUCCAAAAAAUCAAAUUGCGAUUGCAUACUUGGGCAAGUAGGCACUUAUCUUUCGCUGGUAGAAUGCAACUUAUCCAUUCAGUUCUAUUUGGGCUGAGGAACUAUUGGUUGAGUAUCUUUGUUCUUCCCCAAAGAAUAAUUAAGGAAGUUGAAAAACUUUGUCGUGGUUUUCUCUGGGGAGUCAAUGGCAAUAGGAGCAAGAUUCAUAUGGCUUCUUGGUCGAAGCAUGAUAUGCUGUGGGUUAAAUGGAUAAACUCAAUCUAUUUGAAAGGCUCAAACUUCUGGUCUUAUAAGCUGCCUCCUGAUACUAGCUGGUAUUGGAGGAAGUUAUGUAAAUUGAGAAGUAAAUUCAGUUGUGAUGACAUUAAAACUACUAGUGUUUCUAGAAAGCUUCAAUCAUCAAAACUGUACAACAGUACUCUUAGUCAACAACAGGUUAUGGACCUUAUUUUUGAUUUGAUGGCUUUUAGUGCCUGGCCUACUGAGUUUGAUAGCUGGAAGCUGCUGUCUAUAGCAUCUGGAGGAAUCAUAAUAGAUGUAUCUUUGACAAUUAUUCUUGGACUGUUGUUGGAAUUGCAACUGAGAUAA